UAAACAUACAAUUCGGCUUAAAAUCGUGGCUUAUUUACUCUGAAACCGCUUUAUUGUACAUCUAACAACCAGCGUUUCAGGCUUUCAGUACACCGACCCCUGUGGUUUGUGUUGACCAAUCAGAGCACUCAACGCGGUGAAAAGUCACACCGCGGUGAGCGUUCUGUCCGCUCUGAUUGGCCGAACGCUUCCCGAUUCUGCAGCGCAAGGGAGGAUUCUAACCCCAGCGUUAGUCCCGCCUCUGCUUCGUGAUUGGUCAGAGUCUCAGCAGCGAGUUGUGUGAUUGGCUGAUCGCCUGCUUGUCGGUUGAGCACUGUGGUUAAGAUGCAUCGACAAACACCUUGCGCUGGAUUUAUAGCUAUUGUAGAUAAAAGAAGGGAAUUUUUUUCGGGGGUCCGUGUUGGACGUAAUGGAGUAGGACGCAGUCUGGAGUGAAAUGUUAUUUAUUAUAUGUAUAUAUAUUAUAUUUAUUUAAAUAACCCAAUGGAAAUUGGAGGACGGAUCGCAGAAGCGCCGUUGUUGUUUGAGGAGAAGGUUCGAUAGAGAGAGAGAGAGAGAGAGAGAGAGAUGCUCAUGAUGGUGAUGAUGAUGAUGUCCGCGUCUCCUGCGUUCUCAGUCCUCGCGCUUGUGUGCCUCGGGUGGUCCUGCGCGCACGAUGCGGUGCGGAAACCUCGCCAGAUACUCAGCUCAGGUGACGCAAAUCCUCAGUCCAGCCUGCGCGUCCCAGGCGGCGCAUCCUUCACCGGCCUGACCCCAGCGCCCACCGUGCUGUCCGCAGAUGCGCACACCACCAUCGAGCCACCCACCAGCGGUCCCAGCACCCCAUCCCCGGCGCGUCUGGGAGAGGAUUCUGCGCUCCAGGAGCUCCACCAACCCAGAUCUGCGCGUCUGCUGGUACAAAGACGCCACAGCCCGGUGUCUGAUAAAGCCCAGGACGCAGGGGUUAUCACAACCUCAGACAAUUCCCAAGAGCUGGUGUGUAACUGCAGCACGGAGGGCGUGUUGGACCCGGACGAUUGUGACCGCGACACGGGACAGUGUGUGUGUAUGGCGGGAUACACAGGGCUCCAGUGCGAGGAGUGUGAGGAGGACCACUUCAGCAACGGCACCGUCGGCUGCCUGCCCUGCGGCUGCGACUCAUUCGGCGCUGUCGGUCCCGGAUGUGACAGCUCGGGGACGUGUGUGUGUAAAACGGGAGUGUACGGCCCCAAGUGUGACGACUGCCACCCGGGAUUCUUCCACUUCAGCAGCACAGGGUGUCAGCCCUGUCAGUGCAACGGACACUCCACCUACUGCCACCCGCAGUCCGGUGUGUGUAUGGACUGUCAGGACAACACUCAGGGACAGAACUGCGAGGAGUGUGUACCGCGCUACUACAGAGCCCCAGGUGGAGGUGUGAAGGACGAGUGUGUGCCCUGCCCCUGUCCCAGCUUCAGCUCUUCAGGCACCUGCCACCUCGACUCCACUGGCCAUGCUGUAUGCGACGAGUGUAAGGCUGGCUUCGCCCCACCCACCUGUGAAGUGUGUACAGACGGCUUUUACAAAUCAGGAGGCGAUUGCGUGCGCUGUGAGUGUAACGGGAACGCCGAUCCUCGCUCGUGGCCCCGGACCUGCCACCCGGAGAGCGGGCGCUGCCUAAUGUGUGCCAACCACACCGCCGGAGCACACUGUGAGCUCUGUGCGUCCGGAUACACAGGAGAUGCUCUCGCCCACAACUGCACAUUGAGAGCCGCGAGACUCCUCCCAGUUCCUACAAGAACAUCCAUCACCACAAGCCCCCAGACCUCCAGCUCUACGUCUGCGCCUCCUUCGUCCCUCCUGUCCACCUCCUCUCCCGCCUCCGUCGGAAACAGCAAAGCCCCGCCCCUCCGUUCCGGCCCGGGCGACCCGGCGGCCAGUAACAGCACGGCCUCGGCGCUCGCCGUGGUCUCGUGGACGCAGUUCAACGUCAUCGUCCUGGCUGUGAUCAUCGUCCUGCUGGUGCUGCUCAUGGGCUUCGUGGGCGCCGUCUACACGUACCGCGAAUACCGCAACCGCAAGCUCAACGCGCCGUUCUGGACCAUCGAGCUCAAGGAGGACAACAUCAGCUUCAGCAGCUACCACGACAGCAUCCCGCACGCCGAGCCCGGCGUCCUGCUGGAGGAGGAGCAGUGCUCCGUGCCGCCCAACGGCCAGCUCGCUUUAGCGGCCGCUGCUAACGUUUACAAGGCGUGACAGGAAGCGUCUUCGCGCGGCAGCGCGGGAGCGGUGGAAAAGACGCUUUACGUUUUCAAGAACGCGCUAAGAGUCGCUAACAUCUCGAUCCGGUGGAUCGUUCGGUUAAACCCGCUUAGGAACGUGAAGGAGGAGACUCUCUCACGGUUUUACCGCUCUCUCGUCGUUGUCAUGCGCAAAGCGUAAAAGGAGGCGUGUCCAGCCGGGAGAUUCGGAAUCGGAAAUUCAGACAAGACGCUAUGCGAUUUCAACAUUUCUCACCGAGAUAACGCUAACAUCUCGCUGCGGCGGAUCAGCCGGGCGAACCGGCCGGUCGAUCGACCGCGUCGUGUCCAGUACGGAGCGCGCUAAUGACAAUCUCGAAGUUGACAGUGUGUCAUUUUCAAAGACUGGAGGCUUGCUCUAGGAACUGAUGCUAACAUCACAGCGCAGUGAAUCAUCCAUUUAAACCCGUUUUAUUUCUUCCGUGUUAAUGCUAUGUACAAAGCGUGAAAGGAAGUGCGUUUAGAUAAGAUAAAGAAACUAUUCUCAGUCCAGUUUCGUGUGGGAUUUGUGAUGCCGUGGACAAAAGGAACAAAAAUGAGGAAAUGUCUAAUGGAAUUGCCUAAUGCUAAUGCUGUCUAGGAGAUAAUGCUAGCAUUUCCGUCCAGUCGUUUGAGGUUGUGUUUAAAAGAAGAAAAAAACAAAAGAAAAGGGAAAACAUGAAAGAGAGUGAGAUGAUGAGAAUCCAAAUCUGAGGAAGUCUUUUUUGUUUUUUUUUGUGAGGAAAAAAAAAAAGAACUUGUGCCGAGAGCUAACGCGUACACUCAGAUACGGCGGUAUCGAAGGCUUGGUUUCAUACACAAAUGUAAAAUAAAGUGCACCCAGGAGAAUCAGACCCUGAGGGAAAAAAAAAGGUGUUUUACGUUUCCAAAGAACCGCAGUCAGAAGCUAAUGCUAGCGUCUCCGCCCAGCGGCUCGAACUUUCAUCGCUGCCUGGUCUAUGCUGCGAAAGCUCCUUGAAAUCGGAAUAUUUUUUUUUGACUAAGAAUCGACACUUUAGGAAGCUAAUGCUAACCGACUAGCGUCACUUGCUGGUGAGUUAGCAGGUUAAACCUGUUUAAGGUGCUCUUACUCUAAUACUCAGACCUGAAUACCUAGCAGCUAUCACUCAAAAAAUACGCCAAAAGAGUCAAGAGUCUGGAAUGAUUGACAGUCGCGUACGUGCUUUGAACUCUGACCCUCUGGGAACCCCGCCCCCUUCCUCACAUCUCACGUUAGUCAGUCCUUCCAAAAAAAUAUAUGAGCCCGAUAUCGAGCGAACUCCACGUCAUUCGGAGGAAGGUACCGCAGAUUACCCGUCACGUCAUCAGCCAGAGCGCCCGUCGAUUCGCCUGUACAGCUGAAAGGUCUCGUCGCGAUCCUGUACGGGCCGAUCAAAACCCUUCCGACUCGGUCGACGUGUUCCGCUUUAGCUAGCAUUAAACACGUAUAGAGUAAACAUCGGGUAGCUGUAACCAAAAAUUGGUUAAAAAACGCCACUUUUCAGACGGGAAAUAAAUCUGACACUUUUACGAAUAAUUUUCACUGGAAUGAUCAUUUGAAGUGAAAGUAAAGGCUGUUUGGUGGCCAGCGAGGCUCCCUGAGCGCCAGGGGAUUUCCGUGAAACUCCGUAUAUCCACAAACGUUUUAACUAGUAACCACAUCCCCUCCCCCCCCACCGCCUCCUUUCCUCCCUUAUUCACGGCUGUGGUUGCAGUAGCUGGUGUAGAUUCUAUUUUAGCUUUCAUUUCUCAAGAUUUCUCACAUGGCCCCGUGACCCGGAGAACCUCGAAUCUUACUCAUCAUUUCCAACCGCCUCAUAGCAGAACUGAGCGCGAAAAACACAAUCUGGCACUUUGUCUUCAUAUUAAAGUCACGAAUAAUUUUCCAUUCGAGUUCGAGAGUGUCACGGUCCAGUAUAGUCCCGCCUCCUAGCAAACACGUAUGGCGUCAUUAUAACUACAGAAAUCACACAGAUCAUUAACUAAAUGAGAUCAGGAUAAAAACAAAGAGGUAUUUCAUGGCAUCGAGUGGAAAAAGGUGCUUUUUGUUGUUGUUGUUGUUGUUGUUUUUUUUGUACGACGACUUUUUUGUUUUGUUUUUUACACUUUGGUCGUCUGCGCUUCUAAACCCGGACCGCACGAGACGGAUUUGAUCUCUGGAGUGCCGAGAGAUAAAGAGAGCACCUGUGGUUUUGGUGUUCGGAAGACAUCUGUAACUCGGUGCAGUCUGGUCACGUGCUGACGCAGCAUGAUUUUAUUUAUUUAUUUAUUUUUAGCACAGUAUAGAAAGACCUAAUUAUUUACAAUACUAACAUUUCAACUAAAAAAAAAAAGGAAAAUCUGACAAUCGUGUAAAAUUAAGACACAAAAAAUGUCCAACGAUGAUUGUGUGGCUAUCCAAAUUUUUUUUUUUUAAAUUUCUUAUUUUGUUAAAUUCAGCGAUUUUUUUUAAAAGCAAAAUUUCUUAUCCUGUUCUUCUGGCCACGCCCCCUCUCCUCUUUGUAGCCAUUUUCUUGCCAAUGCGCCCUCACUCACCUCACUGUAGUCGUCCUCCUGGCCACGCCCCCUCAGUCACCUCUCUGUAGUCGUCCUCCUGGCCACGCCCCCUCAGUCACCUCUCUGAAGCCAUCUGAAGUUGUACUCCUGGCCACACCCCUCAGCUUUUUUCAGCUUUCUUUUAGCCACACCCCCUCACCUCUCUGCAUUUUUUCUCCUGCCACACCCCCUCACCUCUGCAUCUUUUCACCUGGCCACACCCCCUUAUUUCUCUGAAAGCAUCUUUCUGAUGAUGUGCUGUACAUGUACCUUCAGGUCUUCUCUGAAGCUUUCUUCCUGGCCACGCCCCCUCACUCACCUCUCUGAAGCCUUUCUUCUGUCCACGCCCCCUCAAUCACCUCUCUGAAGCCUUUCUUCUGUCCACGCCUCCUCACUCACCUCUUUGAAGCCACCAUCCUGG